AUGCAUGAAUUCAUAUAUAACACAAAAGAUUAUAAAAUAACUGUAUAUCUUAAAAACCCUAAUGGAAAAAAUAUAACAGUUAAAAAUUGUUUUGAAAUACAAAGUUCAAAAAUAAUAAAUCUCAAUGGAUUCAAAACAUCUGGAAAUCUAUAUUUUCCGGAUGUUAAGCUGCAAAAUUUUGAUAACCAAAUACAUCUGUUAAUUAUUGAAAAGUUUAACAAGAAAAAUCUAAGGAAUGUUUUAAAUAAGCUUUUACCUACAGUAUUUGACAUUAAACAUAUAAAAAGAAAAAACUUUAGCUACUUUUUGUAUUUAAAUCGAUAUUUAAUUCUUGAUUUAGCAAAAAAAAUAUUAGGAAAUCAUAAGAUUAUAAAGAAUAUGUGGAAUAAAAUAAUAGAUGCAGAAAAUAAAGAUAAUUUUUAUCAGUUACAGAAAAAUACAAUUUACAGUACAAAUAAUAAAUAUAUUAACAAUCUUACAGACGAAGAUUUUUUAGACAACGAUUUUGGUAUUUCUAUUUUAGAAGUGGAAAAAGAAAUAUCAUCUAGUGAGUUUAUUAUAAUAUCUGAUGAUUUUAUAGAUUUUUAA